AGGAGAUGCCUUCGGCAGACGCAGGCGUUUCUCUCUAUAUAAAAUGUUAAGCUUUUUUUUUUGACAAAAACAAAAUAAAAAAUUUCCUUUAUUUAUUAUUUUUAUUACUGUGAAACUCUCCCACCAAAAGAAAAGAAAAAAAAAAAUGCUAGUUUUUGCUUGCCGUUGUUAAUGAGAUUGAUGUUGCUUCUCCUGUUUGUUCAACUUUCUUUUCUCUCUAAAAAAAACUCCGCUCUCUCUUUCUUUCUUUCUUUUGUUUUUGCCCUUUUUGAAGAUGGUGAUAUAAUAGAGAGGUGAAUUUGAUCUGCUAAGCAACAGAAGGAGAGAGAUGGGGUCUUGUGUGUCAAGACCUGAAGGCUGUGUUGGCCCAAAGUUCAGGUCUUCAAAGAAGAAGGACCAUAAGGGAAGGAAAAGCUUCAAGAAAAGAGUGUCUUCUCGGCUAUCCCAGGCAUCCUCUGAUAAGGUUGAUAAGUCGUCUGCUCCACCUGAUCAUCACUCUUCCUUCACCAACCCAACUUUUCAAGGAAUCGAGGAGUUGUGGUUUGAUCCAGUUGCAGUAUUUGACUCUGACUGUGAUGAGGAGUUUGAAAGCGUUCAGGAGGAUGUGUUGUCUUUAAAUGGUCUUGAAGGUGUAUCUGUAUCCAGUAUUUCAUCUCAAAGAGAUGCUAAUUGUGGAGAACAUUCUGCUUUAGUUGAUCAGAUGCAGAAACCAGGGGAUUUAUCAACUGGUAAUUCUGCAUGCAACUCUGGUAGUGAGGCCAUCAGAAAUUCAAUUAGUCAGGUCUUGUAUUCAGAAGAUGUUAAUUCCCAAUCAAGAUCUGAUGGGCCUUCAAAUCAAGCAAAGCAACCUGUAUUCCUUGAUGAUAUUGCCUCAUCUGUAGAUGAAGGUUUUGGAAGGGAGGAUGGAUUGUUGGAUAACUGUGGCAUUCUUCCAAGCAAUUGUUUACCUUGUCUUGCAUCUACUGUUCCAUCAGUUGAAAAGAGAAGAUCACUCAGCUCUAGCCCACCAUGUGCAAGGAAAAAGACUGCGUUAAAACUUUCAUUUAAAUGGAGAGAAGAGCAUACCAAUGCCACCCUAUUUUCUUCGAAGAUGCUUCUUCACCGACCAAAAGCUGGCUCUCAAGUACCUUUUUGCCCUAUAGAAAAGAAAAUGUUUGAUUGUUGGUCUCAUAUUGAGCCUGGUACUUUCAAGGUUCGAGGAGAAAAUUAUUUUAGGGAUAAGAAGAAGGAUUUUGCACCUAACCAUGCUGCAUAUUAUCCUUUUGGUGUUGAUGUAUUCUUAUCUCCACGAAAAAUAGAUCACGUAGCUAGAUUUGUUGAACUCCCCGUUAUUAGCCAUUCUGGGAAACUACCAUCUAUCCUUGUUGUAAAUGUUCAGAUUCCCUUGUAUCCUGCAGCACUUUUUCAGAGUGAAACUAAUGGGGAAGGGAUGAGUUUUGCACUGUACUUUAAGCUUUCUGAUAGUUACUUGAAGGAGCUUCCGCCUUACUUUCAAGAAAACAUCAGGAGGUUAAUUGACGAUGAAGUUGAAAAGGUUAAAGGAUUCCCUAUAGAUACAAUUGUCCCAUUUCGAGAAAGGUUGAAAAUAUUAGGCCGAGUAGCAAAUGUGGAAGAUCUUCAUAUGGGUGCAGCAGAGAGGAAGCUUAUGCAGGCGUAUAAUGAAAAGCCUUUUCUUUCACGUCCACAGCAUGAGUUCUACUUGGGAAAGAAUUAUUUUGAGAUUGAUAUAGAUAUGCACAGAUUCAGUUACAUCUCUAGGAAAGGUUUUGAUGCAUUCCUGGAUAGGCUAAAGCUAUGCAUCUUAGAUGUUGGCCUCACCAUUCAGGGGAAUAAACCUGAAGAAUUGCCGGAACAGAUCUUAUGUUGUUUAUGCUUAAGCGGCAUUAACUAUAUGAAUUACCACCAACUAGGCUCGUGUCAAGAGUCCACUGAUUGAAGUGCUGAAAUGUUGUAAUGCUUAUAGCUAUGAUUUAAUAAAAGGCUAAUUUCUGAGAAA